UUUAAAUUCAACACCGAAUAUUAUAAUUUUUUCUUUACAAUUGCUUUAUUUUUAAUUUAUAAAAAUGAAGAUUAUUAUAAUUUUCCUUUUUAUAUUGUCUCUACUACUAAAAAAGGGUCAUGGAGAAAAAAUUAAUUCGGAAAAAAAUUCAUUGCUAUCAUUAACUAAAAAAAAUAUUGAUGAUAUUCGUAAUCUUACUCAUUUUCAUCAUAGUCUAGAAGAAUCGCUUCAAAUAAAAAACCAAAAAGAAUUGGUAAUAUUUCACAAAUUAUUCGAUUAUGCCCUGAGUUUAAAUGAAGAUCUAAUGACUCACCCGAUUGUUAAAAAUAAAAACGUAACUGAAUGUAAAAUUCGAUCGAAUAGUUUGAUAGUUAAUGCAAUUGUCGAUUUAUUUGAUAAAAUUUCACAAAACUUUUCAAACAUUUCAAUAACUUUUGGAAAUAUGUGUCAUCAAUAUUUAUGGUCUCUCGAUUUGAAAUCAAAAUAUCCAACGUGUUAUGAACCUUUAUCAGUGGAAAUUUUUCAAUGUCUUGAUAAUGAAAUAAAAAAUAAACAUGUCAAUAAAUUAUAUAAAGAUUUAAUAAGCAAUUAUUACAAUAGCUAUGAAUCUGUUAAUUUGUCGUUGGAUAAUAUUUACUCCAAUGCAAAAGUGGCUUGGAAUAAGACAAUUGAAAAAAUAUCAAGAAGUUUUGAUUUAUGUGUUUUAUCACUUCCAAUAACUUUAAAAAGUGACUCAAUGAAUAAAGCAGAUCAUUCCAAUUAUGGCAAAAAUUUGACAAAUUUAUAUCAGAGUCAACGAGAUGUAAUCAAUACAAAUAAUUUUAGAAUGUUUGAUCAAAUAAAGACUAUUGAUUGGAAAAUUUCUAUGAAUUAUCUAAAUCAUACUUUUGGCGAAGAUAAAAAUGUUACUUGCUGCAUAAAUUUUUCAGAAGAAUAUCUUCAUAAUAUAACAACAAACGCUUUAACCGAGAAUGAUCAAUUUUCCAUUAAUCAAACUGCAAUUUUUGAAAACUUCAUCAAUGCAAUCAUUCAGAGAAUUGAUCUGUCAUCAACAUUUAACUUUUGCUCGAUAUAUAAAAAAAACUUCACUACAUUGAACAUGAUGUUUGAUUGUAUUGAUCGAAGCAUCGUAAAUCAUCCUUCAACGAAGAUGAUCAAUUUAUAUAAAGAGUUGGAUAAUAUUAUGAAGGGUAAUCGUGACUUGAUUGUUUCAAUAUUUAAAAAUGAUCAUUCCCCGAAAAUAUUCAAUGUCAUAAAAAAUGCUUUGAAAUAUGCAGAUACAUCAUUCAAUUUAUGCAUUGAUGACAACAAAAAACUCAAAAAAUGUGUCAAUCAUAUCAACUCCAAACAUCUUAAUUAAUUAAUUAAUUGUCCCAUUGUUUAUUUAGCUCCAUGAAAUAAUGAUAAUGACUUUUUGCGAAACAAUAUUAUUCCGUGUCUACUUGAUAUAUUUUUUGUUGAUAUAACUCAAAUAACGUCAAGU